AUGAAAGAAGCCUUCUCCAUGCCACUGCAAGGCUGGGACGCCCUACGCAUCGUGCUUCAGAUCAUCUCCCUGCAAACGAUCCACUAUCUUCUCCUCGCCACACUCCUUCCGCCGUUCCUGGCGAUCUUCGCAGACACCUCAUCGCUCAUGUUCGAAGGCGGACCGACGCAGGUGGGGAUGGUAUUCGAUUGGCGUCAAAUCGCUGGACGACCGACGUACGAUUGGUCUGCGCCCGCGUCAUCCGGUGAGAGUGGCUGGACAGACGACGGUAUUCCUUCCGACAUUCCGGAGGUAACGAUCGAUCCGGCAGUGCUCGUGGAAUGGAAUUUGGACAACGUCUGGCUCGACAAACCCCUCAUCCCCACAUCGACAAAUGCACAGGAUCGCGUCCUCGAUCACGACCACGUACUGCGGUUCAAGCAUUUUAAGAACGGAACCGUCGUCCCCACCCCCGACGACGACGCAGCAGGGGGUAGAAACGUCGAAGAGGCACUCGAACACUGGGAAUGGGAUCACACCCGAGACACCUCGCGCAGUUGGACCCUCAUCCUCGCCUGGCUCCUCACCAUCCCCCCAGACAUCUUUACGCUUGUCUACCUCGUCAGGAGACCAACCCACAUGCUCGACCACGCAUUGACGUUUCACCUCGUCAAUUUGGUCGUUUGCACCUGGUACGUCGGCCGACUGCCACGGGGGCUGAAGUGGUGGUUAACCAUGAUGGUUCAUGCGGGGGUUAUGGUCGUCUGGAGCGAGCAGUUGGCCAUUAAGAGGGAGAUGGGAAGAGGCGUGGGGUAUAGUUUGGUAGGGAAUGGAACGGAUGAGGAGACGGGCAGGAGGAAGGUCGUUUUCGAUGCGGAGGAGGCGGAGCGGUACGAGUUGAGACCUUUGUAG